CUUGAAAGGAGUUGAACGUUAAGAGACAGGCGCUAUCUCCAGUGCAUGAGUUAUGCAUUUGAGGUGGUGACAAUUUCCAGUCACUGAUGAGCAGCUAUGAUACAUUCCCAUUCAGGAGUAAUUAUCGAGUGUCCACUCUGCUUGGGUCGGGUGCAUAUGGACGCGUCUUCAAAGGAACUUCUAUGAAUGGUGCGACGGUGGCGUUAAAAGAGAUACUAAUACCAUCAAAUGACGAGGGUAUACCUUUAAGCACUCUUCGAGAAAUUAGUGUCCUGAAGAAAGUACAAUCAUACAACUGUCCAUACCUUGUACAGUUGCUUGAUAUAUCACUGAAACAAGAUCAAACCGGAAUAUCAAUCUACAUAGUCUUUGAAUAUGUCGAUUGUGAUUUGGCCCGAUUUCUUUCUAAUUAUGUACCCCCUACUGGUCUACCUCCUGAGUCAAUCAGACAUUUAUCUAGUCAGUUGCUUCGUGGCACAGACUUCCUCCACUCACAUCGUAUCAUUCACCGUGAUUUGAAGCCAGCCAAUAUCCUUGUCGAUAAAGAGACUUUACGUCUUAAGAUAACUGAUUUUGGCUUGUCUCGUGUUCUGGGCUGGGAGUCUUCACUCACACCGGUUGUUGUAACAUUAUGGUAUCGAUCACCGGAGAUUUUAAUUCAGUCUGAAUAUUUAUCACCUUGUGAUAUAUGGGCUGCAGGAUGCAUUAUAGCUGAAUUAUUCAAUCUUCAGGCUCUUUUUCGUGCUGAUACAGAGCUAGAGAUGUUGAGGCUUAUAUUCAAAGUCCUCGGAGUUCCUCCUCAGUGUGAAUGGCCUACGCGAUCAUUUUUAAAACGGUCCAAUUUUGAGUCGAAUUCUCCAACUUCUCAGCUACAUUCAUGCAUUAAAACUAAAGACAGACAUGCACUUGAAUUACUUGAAAUGAUGAUUCAAUUCGACCCCAGAAAAAGGAUUACAGCCUUUGAUGCUCUUUCAUUACCAUAUUUCCAAUCUGGUAACCCUACUACCACCACCACCACCAGCACUAUGUCGAGAGAUAUGAAUAUGUCUAAUCAGAAUAGCAUUCCACAUAUUGACACCGCUUUAUGUAGACCAUUAUUCAACAAUCCACCGGCAACACAAACAAUUGGAUUAUUACCAACACGUUUUACAAUGAAUCCUGUUUAUCCUACUCAGUCAUGUGCAGCUGCAUUGUCAUCGUAUUUACAGCAAACUAUUAAUGGUUAUAAUAAUAAUAAUAAUAGUAAUAUACCGUCGUCUGCAGGACAUUUACUACCGUGUAUUGCUGUCGGUGGUGCGGGUGGCGGCGGUUUCGACGAAGUUGAUGGUCGUUUUCUUCUCCCAGUCAAUAAUAAUAAUAAUACUGCUACUAAUAUACAAAGUUUACCAAACCUAGUGAAUUUUACUUCUAAUCAUCAUCUAUUAGGAGGAGUUCAUAAUGCAUUUACAAUCAAUCCAGGCAUUCCACCUUCAAGUAACUCUGAUACUUCACUGAUUAACACGCUUUCAAUUAUCAACAAUACUACCAAUGAGAUAUCAAUACCAGAGAUGUCACUGUCUACUACUACUACUGCAACAGCAGCAGCAUACGCUGCAGCUACAAAUCUUCCAGAAGCAUUAUUACCAGCACAGCCGCCUAGACGACCAGUUACACGACAACAAACCAAAUCGAUUCGACGACAUACUACUCAGUCGACUCGAUCAUGUCUCACAGAAUUAAAUCAAACGACUACUGCUGGUAGUAGUAACAGUAGUAAUACUGUGAAAAUUGAAUAUCAUGACACACAGAAAAAUCCUGGUGCACUGCAGUCUGAAAAUAUACCUCCACAAAAUCCAGAUGGUGGUGGUGGUGGUGGUUUUAGAGGGAGAACAAAUCCAGCGAAUGGUGGCGGUGGUGGUGGUGUGGUAGUAAGACAUAGGAGGACUGCUCGUCGUCGAACAGUUAUGGGUGUUGUAGAGAAGUCUAAUUCGUCAAAUAAAGAAAUUAAGAAGACGGAUUCAAUGAAUCACAAAACUGGUGGUCGAAAGUCAAAAGAAAAUACUGCCUCACAGAUCCCGUUGGCCGCAAAAGAGGUGGUGAAGAGUUCUGCUAUCGGUGGUAGUAGCAGCGUUACUGAAUGUCUUCCAUAUGUCUCUCUUUGUCGAACAGAGAUUUCUUCAAAUCAAUCUACUACUCUUAGUGAUAGUAAUAAUAAUAAUAAUAAUAAUAAUAAUAAUAAUAAUAAUGCUAAUAUUAAUCGUGCAACAGCAACAAAUAUUUCUACAAAACCAAAUUAUCCUCGUGGUCGAAUCUCAGAACGUUGUCAAAAUGUCAUCAUGCCACAGCCGCCAUCGGAUAAUCGUUAUCAUUCACAUAUUCGACCAAGUAGUCGUUAUUCUCUUGGACUAUUGUCGUCAUCCACUAUCUCAUCGCUUCAUUGUAUUCAUGAGCAAGAGCAUACAUCAUCUGUUGCUGUUGUCAAUGAAAAGAAAAAACCAUUGUCUACUGGUCGGUUAACUUCACAAACAAUUCGUUCUAGUCAACAGAUUGGAUAUAGUUCUUCUACAUCGUCAUUAGUGACAGCGGAGGGGGCAUCAGCAGCAGCAGCUGUAGCGGCAGCAACACGAGGAUCGACAAAAAUUUCACGGCCUCUACCGCCACCAGCACCACAAUCGCUGUCGUCAUCAUCAAUACCAGCGACAGUGUUUUGUUCCCCACCGAAAUUGGUGCGUGUUAUCAACCAGCAUCACCAUCACCAUCCUCAUGAUGACCAUGAACUAGAGUCUCCAUUUUUAAAAUCACUUCAUAGAAAGAAGAUACUCCAGCAGUCAUCAUUUCAUGAACAGGAGGAUAGCCUUAUCACUUAUGAAGAUGAGGCUACAACAGACGAUGAGGAUGAGGCGGCCGACUCGUGGAUUGAUGAUAUUGAAAAUCAACCAGCAAAUACAAGUCUCGGGAUAAAUACUGCGAUGACUGGUUUAGCGUUAGCCGGUUGUUGUAGUAGUAGCGCGGAGAGUAACAGUCAGAGUAAUAGUAAUAAUUCUAGUCAUCAGAAGAAUACUGACGGUAAUAAUGAUAAUGUUAAUGCUGAUGGCACGAAUAAGACAGAUAACUGUUGUGACAAUUGUAGUAGUCCUGUGGUAAUAAUAACAACAUCUCUUCCAACUGGUACAGAUUCUGCACCCGUGGCGAUAUCGACUGACGACGCGUCGUCUGGACAACGAAUACCAAAGAAUAACGUCACUGUCCAGUUAACUGCCAGCUCAAAUGGUAAUUAUUUUGUAUGA